CAAUGGUAGCGUUUGGUUUCGUUGCGUUAGAAAAAUUUCUGGCGCCAAUUGUGGAGAAUCGAUGUAAAUAAGCGAUCUUAUGCAAACGACGUCAACAUGCCUGCGUUUUUGAAACAUAUCGAGGUGGACAAUUUCAAAUCUUAUAAAGGGAAACUUAUUAUCGGCCCCUUCAAAUCGUUUACAGCCGUAGUUGGACCAAAUGGCUCAGGCAAGUCGAAUUUAAUGGAUGCUAUCAGUUUUGUAAUGGGAGAGAAGACGAGUAGUCUGCGAGUCAAGAGAUUCAACGAACUAAUUCAUGGAGCGUCGAUAGGAAUGCCAGUUGCUAGGAGUGCUUCCGUGAUGGCAGUUUUUGGGUUAGAAGAUGGCACUGAAAAGAGUUUUAUGCGAUCGGUUCAAGGCUCAUCUUCGGAGCACCGAAUUAAUGGCGGAGUUGUUACUAGCCAAGUUUACUUAAAUGAAUUGGAGCACCUUGGAAUCAAUGUCAAGGCAAAGAAUUUUUUAGUAUUCCAAGGUGCGGUCGAAUCGAUAGCUAUGAAGAAUCCAAAGGAGAGGACCGCACUUUUUGAAGAAAUCAGCAAUUCAGGUGCACUAAAAACAGAGUAUGAAAGGUUAAGAUUAGAAAUGUUGAGAGCUGAAGAAGAAACACAGUUUUCGUAUCAAAAAAAGAAAGGAAUAGCUGCAGAGAGGAAAGAAGCUAAAUUAGAAAAAGAAGAGGCUGAGAAAUAUCAACGUUUAAAAGAAGAAUAUAUGGAAAAACAAGUUGAGUUACAAUUAUUCCGUUUAUAUCACAAUGAAAAGGAUAUUGAAAAUUUGGAAGUUGUCCAAAAGAAGAAGCAAAAUGAUGUAAAAAAAUUAGAGAAGAAAAGGGAGAAGGUAGAUGAGGUGUUAAAAGAUAAAAAAAAGGAAUCAGGUAAGUUGUCUAGAGAACUGGCUAAAAUUGAACAAGAUAUUAGAGAAGUGGAGGUGGAGAUCACUAAGAAGAGGCCAACAUUCAUAAAGGCUAAAGAACGUGUUGCACAUAUGCAAAAAAAGGUUGAGUCUGCUCGCAAGUCUUUAGCUCAAGCUCGUAUAGCCGAUGAAGCUCACAAGAAAGAUAUUAAUGAGCUGCAAGAAGAACUACGUCAAGUUGAGAAAGCAAAAGCAGAAUAUGAAGCAAGCAUCUCGGGUCAAUCGCUGUCUCAAGGAAGAGACGUUCAAUUAGAGGAUGAACAGGUACGAGAGUACAAUCGUUUGAAAGAAGAAGCUGGGAAACAGUCUGCCCGAUAUCUCCAACUUCUUGAUUCCAUUAACAGAGAACAAAAGUCAGACCAAGACAGACUCGACAAUGAAGGUCGAAAAAAGAUUGAGAUUGAAAAUAAACAUAAACAAAAAGGCCACAUGAGAGAUGAAGCUGUAAAACGUGUGGAAAAAUUGGAAGAGCACAUUCGUACUUCCGAAGCUGCUUUGGAAGAUCAAAAGAAACUAAGAGCUGAUUUACAGGCUGAUGUUGGUACAUCCAAGGAUAAAAUUCAAAAAAUUCAAAGAGAAUUGGAAAGAAUCUCUGAACAAUUAGGUGAUGCUAAAGUUGAUAAACAUGAAGUCUCCAGAACUAAAAAGAAGACAGAAAUUGUUGAAAAUUUCAAGCGACUCUUCCCUGGCGUGUACGACCGCAUGUACAAUAUGUGCGAGCCAAUUCACAGUCGAUAUAAUGUCGCUAUUACUAAAGUUCUCGGAAAAUAUAUGGAAGCUAUUGUCGUGGACACUGAAAAAACAGCUAGACAAUGUAUUCAGUAUUUAAAGGAGCAAUUCCUUGAACCAGAAACAUUUUUACCCUUGGAUUAUAUUCAAGCAAAACCAUUGAAGGAACGACUAAGGAAUAUCCAAGAGCCAAAAAAUGUAAAAUUAUUGUACGAUGUUCUUCAUUUUUCUCCAAAGGAUAUCGACAGAGCCGUUUUAUUUGCGACAAAUAAUGCCCUGGUUUGUGAAACUCCGGAAGACGCUAACAAGGUUGCUUACGAAAUGGACAAAAAGGCCAGAUACGAUUGUGUCGCAUUGGAUGGAACUUUCUACCAGAAAGCUGGAAUUAUUUCAGGUGGCAGUUUGGACUUAGCGAAGAAAGCUAAAAGAUGGGAUGAAAAACAAAUGUCUCAACUGAAAUCUCAAAAGGAAAAAUUGACAGAAGAAUUGAGAGAUUCUUUAAAAAAAUCUCGCAAGGAGUCGGAAUUAAAUACAGUCGAGUCACAAAUUCGGGGACUCGAGACUCGCUUGAAGUAUAACAAAAGUGACUUGACCGUGACGAAGAAGCAAAUCGCUGAACUUGAAGCGGAACUGGAAUCCCUCCAAAGUGAUUUGGACAAGUUUGGACCUACAAUAGCCGCAAUAGAGAAAACCAUGGCUGAGAGGGAUCAAGAAAUUCAAAAUAUUAAAGAGAAAAUGAAUAACGUUGAAGAUGACGUGUUUGCAAAUUUUUGUGAACAAAUUGGUGUUACCAAUAUCCGACAAUACGAAGAAAGAGAAUUAAGAUCCCAGCAAGAAAGAGCCAAAAAGAGGAUGGAAUUCGAAAAUCAAUGCAAUCGUAUCUAUAAUCAACUAGAUUUUGAGAAGCAACGAGAUACGGAAAGCAAUGUUUUGAGGUGGGAACGUGCCGUUCAGGAUGCAGAAGACAAGUUGGAAUCAGCCCGUCAAACGGAAUCAAAUCAGAAAGCUGAAAUUGAUAACGACGAAGCCCAAAUGGAACAACUCAAAUCCGCUCGUAAUAGUAAAAAAGUAGAAGUUGAUCAAAAAGAAGAGGAAAUUGGGAAAUGUAAACGAGAAAUUAAUGCCAUCACCAAGGAUAUUCAAGCGGCGCAAAAACAGCUCAACGUUAUCGAGUCUAAAAUUGAACAGCGAAAGGCUGAACGACAUGCUAUUUUGAUGAAUUGCAAGAUGGAAGAUAUUGCCAUUCCUAUGCUUCGAGGUAAUAUGGAAGAUAUAGCGGGCGAAGCGACUAUAACGGCAAGUAGCGAUUCGAACAACGAAUCAAGCCUGAGUACAAAUCAAAUGUACGAGCGCGAAAGUCUCAUACAAAUCGAUUACGCUCUUUUGCCCGACAAUUUGAAGGAUAUCGAUGAAGACGAUACCAAGAAGAUCACCGACAAGUUGAAUAAAACUAUCAAUGAUCUUCAAGGCACGAUUCAGCGAAUACAAGCACCAAAUAUGAAGGCGAUCCAAAAACUAUAUCUAGCAAAGGAAAAACUCCAAGAAACGAACGAGGAGUUCGAGCAAUCUCGGAAAAAGGCGAAAAAAGCAAAAACGCAGUUUGAAAAAGUAAAAAAAGAAAGGCAUGACCGGUUCAUGGCUUGUUUCGAACACGUUGCUAAUGAAAUCGAUCCAAUAUAUAAGAGUUUAGCGAAAAAUCAGUCCGCCCAGGCGUUUUUGGGACCAGAAAAUCCGGAGGAACCUUACUUAGAUGGUAUCAAUUAUAAUUGCGUCGCGCCUGGGAAACGAUUUCAACCAAUGUCGAAUCUUUCCGGAGGAGAGAAGACAGUGGCUGCUUUGGCUCUCUUGUUUGCCAUUCACAGUUUCCAACCAGCACCCUUCUUCGUCCUGGAUGAAAUUGAUGCAGCUUUGGAUAACACGAAUAUCGGAAAAGUUGCCAGUUAUAUUCGCGAUAAAACGAGCUCCUUGCAGACGAUUGUUAUCUCGUUGAAAGAAGAAUUCUAUUCGCAUGCCGAUGCACUUAUUGGAAUCUGUCCUGAUGUUGGAGAAUGUCUAGAGAGCAAAGUAUUAACUCUCGAUCUUACCACGUACCCACAGUACACAAAUUAACAACAUCGGUGUAGCAUUGCGCAAUCGUUCAAUUAUUACCAAUUUCAUACCGAAAUGACCAAGGUUUCUGACGUUAAAUUAAUCAAAAUCGUAGAAUUCCCUGUUACCUAUUACUCAUUACGAUUAUUUAUUACAUGAUAACGAUAACCUUGUACUUCACUUGUCAAGGAUGUCGUCGGUAUGAUUUUUAAUCUAUCGUCCAAUCGGUUUACCGGUUUCUAUCUCUAUAAAUUUUAAUGAGCAUGAUAAGCGACGAUUUAUAUUUCCCUUUUAUAAGAUUAGGGCUAAGGAACCUAUUUCAAUAACAAGGACAAACUAAGAUUACGGCUGAGAUUUUUUGUUAAUGCUUUUGAAAAUUCCGAGAAUUUAAUCACGAAUCAAGUUCAAAAAAGUUGGCCAAUUCUGUGUCAGGUGAUGCAAACACAAUUUCGAACUAGAACAUUAGUUCCGUGGAUACAAUAAUUUACAUACGGGAUGUAUAUUAAAUGAUCUAUUUUAUUUACGAUCAGUAGAAUUAUCUUGAUAUAAAACCAGGAAGGUUGACUCGUCGAGCAAGGAGACGAUUCAAGCGAACCUUUAUUGUUGCUAAAAGCGAACGUUAUAAAUUAAUUUAGUCUCUGAGAUGAGCAGGAUGCGUACUUAUCCUUCCGCUAAUUAAAAGAAUUUCAUUUCCGAUGGGGCUAUUUCUUUGACUCGACUUUACGUGCAACGAUGGAGGUUCGCCUGCGGAGCAAAGUACCGUCACAUAUUUUUACCGAAUAUUGUCUUAACAUUAAAAGCUGACUCGUAGAUCGGUACUGUGCCUAAAUCGAUAUCUGUAAUAUUAGAUCGCUCUCCUACCGGUAUACAAUUUUCUAAAGCUCGUCUUGAUCCUCGUCAUUGGUCGACCGACUUUUCGGUACCGCUAUAAAUUACGCCGGAUGCUUGUAAAGAUGAAAGUUUAAUAUGAACAUUGCUACCCGAUUAAGUUUUAUGUAAUAUCUUUGAAUAAAAAGGAAAGGUGUUUCGUAAACGUA